AUGCCACUCAUUGUUGGCUUCUGGAAUGUAAGGACGCUGAUGGACAACCCAAAUGCAGACAGACCCGAGAGGAGAACUGCACUUGUGGCAAGAGAACUUGAAAGGUACAACAUUGACAUUGCUGCACUUUCCGAAACAAGAUUAACAAAUGAUCAGCUCACUGAAUCGGGUGGUGGUUACACCUUCUUCUGGAGUGGGCGUAGUGAGGAAGAACGGCGUGAGGCAGGAGUUGGCUUUGCGAUAAAAAACCACCUCGUCUUAAAGUUAUCCAGCCUCCCCAAAGGCAUGAACAACCGCCUUAUGACACUGCAGCUCCCCUUGAGGUUAAACCGCACCCUCACAAUGGUUAGUGCUUAUGGACCAACGAUGACCAAUCCUGACAAUGUCAAAGACAAGUUCUACGAAGAACUCGAUGCCCUCAUUGCAGCCGUCCCCAAGUCUAACAAAUUACUUGUCUUAGGUGAUUUCAAUGUUCGUGUUGGUCAUGACCACAUGACCUGGGAAAACAUAGUAGGUCAUUAUGGUGUGGGUAACUGCAACAGCAAUGGCCUGCUCCUGCUGAAAACCUGUGCCAUCAAUAAACUGUGCAUAACGAACACAGUGUUCUGCCUACCGAAUCGCAACAAAACUUCCUGGAUGCACCCACGUUCUAAGCACUGGCACCUUAUCGACUAUGUCAUUAGCAAACAACGGGACAGGCAAAAUGUCAGAGUAACUAAAUUCAUGUGUGGUGCUGAUUGCUGGACGGACCACCGACUUAUCAUCUCAAAACUCAACAUCUGCAUCCAGCCAAAGAGGCGUCCCCAAGGGAAAACGACCACCAAGAGGCUCAAUGUCUCCAACCUGAAUUCAAAUGUUACUGCCACCCAACUGUUAAACGAGCUCAAUGCCAAGCUUGCUGACUUCCAUCCCUCUGGGGAUGUUGUAAAUGACUGGGAGACAUUUAGAGACGGUGUUUAUUCAACAUCGUAUGAGAUUCUUGGUGCGAGAACUAAGAAAAACCAGGAUUGGUUUGAUGAGCACUAUGAAGAAAUAAAGACCUAUCUUCAAGAAAAGCAGCGCCUUCACAGGGCCUACAUCAAUGAUCCCACCUCCACCUCAAAGAAAACAGCUUUCAACAACAUCUGCCAAACUGUCCAGGCUAAGCUGAGACAAAUGCAAGAUUCAUGGUUGGCCAGGAAAGCUGAUGGGAUUCAAUCAUUUGCCGACAGACACGACUCCAAGAGCUUCUAUGCUGCACUAAAGGCUAUAUAUAGACCACAGUCGUCGGGAACUUCACUACUCUUGAGUGGAGAUGUCACAACGCUCAUCACAGAUAAAGAUAAGAUCCUCGAAAGAUGGGCUGAACAUUUCCAAGCUGUGCUAAACAGACCAUCUAACAUCAAUGAUGAUGCAAUUGAUCGCAUUGAACAGGUCGAAAUCAACCACGAGAUGGACCUUCCGCCUGAGGAGCAUGAAGUCAAGAAAGCCAUACAACAGCUGGCCGCAGGCAAAGCCCCUGGAUCCGAUGACAUCCCAGCGGAGAUUUACAAGACUUGA